ACAACGACGUGCUCGCGAAACCUUGCCGGGAACGUAGCAGCUCGACGGGACGAUUUCCAGUUGGCCGGUGCAACAAAUCGUCACCAGUUCGCGUUGACAAAUCCUGCGAUCGGCAGGAACGAAAUUGAACUAAAUAGCACGAGUCAGACAGUCUAACUUGCUGUACAAAAAUUUCGUAACAUUUUCUCGUUCAAACAAAAGAAUUUUAUUAAAGCAUCGCUAAGUGCCACAGGUGAUGUGCGGUGAAGGGAUAUUGGUUUUCGAUAUUUAAUUAAGUCAACAACUUCCGAGAAAAAUGGUCGAUACUGACGACGAUAACAGCAGCGACUCCACCGUAUCCGAAUGGUCCAUAAACGAAGAAUGGAUAGAGAUGGUCCUCAGAGCGCACCACAAAGAGAUUACGAUAAACAUUGCCGUGAAUAUCGAGGACUUUGUCGUGACCCCCGGAUGCACAGCAAGCGAAUGCGUACUCUCCGAUAUUUUAGCGGUCACCGUCAAAUAUCGUUUAAGGAACGAACCCCAUAUACAAAACCUUAGCUUCGUAAUCAAAUUGCUGCCGCAGGAUCCAUUCAGUCGCUAUUUCGUUACCCAAGCGCAGUUUGAUUUGAGAGAAAUAAAAUUUUAUACGCAAAUUGUGCCAGAUUUAGAAUCUUUCGGGCAAAAAGUUCUGGAAAACGACACAACCGCCGAACCAAAUUCGCUGCCAGUCCCCAAAUGUUUCUACGCCCAUUACAGUCCCGCCCAAACAGAACCGGAACCUUCGCCACCUGAAUCCGUCCUCGUCCUCGAGAAUGCCAAACCUCACGGCUAUUUGUCUGCCGAUUUUAGAGGAGGGCUAAGCCUUAGGCAAGCCCUGGCAGCCAUGGAGAGCAUCGCUCAAUUUCACGCGUUGGCCCUCGCUUUUAAAGUUAGCGAAAAUAAACACUUGUCGGAACGGUACCCGUUCCUAUUCAAAGCACCGCAGGCCUCCCACUCUUAUCAGCAACUAGUUGAACGAGGUCUGCCGCAACUGUUGAAAUUCCUAGAAAGUAAAACUGAAAUGGGCGAAAUACUGUCCGCUUUGAACAACAUUAGACCUUAUACGAAAGAGAUGAUGGAAAAUCUUUUAGCGCCCCAGGAGCCCAUGGCUUUGAUAACGCACACGGAUUUUUGGUGCAACAAUCUUAUGUUUCGAGAAAACGAAGAGUCCUGCGAAUGCCUGAUUUUGGACUGGCAAAUGGUCACCUACAGCAGACCGACGAAUGAUUUGGCCCUGCUUAUUGUCAGCUCUCUGGCGGCCGACGUACGAAGGCAACACACCGACCAACUGCUAGACAGUUACUGGGAACAUUUGACAGCGAAUUGUCGAAAAUUAAAAUUUAACGUUGAAGAAGAAAUGAAUUACAACAGAGUUCGUCUCGGUGAAGAUUUUACGAAAAGUCAAUUACUUGCGCUGCUUUUGUGCAUCGGUUCCGUCGACUUGGCAAUUGGGAACGCCCAAGUCGAAGAACGACUACUGACUUUUCUCCAAGAUUUGCACAAAGACGGACUUCUGUCGCCCGAAGUAACUCAGACAUAAUCGGUUAGUAUUUUACAAAUUGUCAUGUGAUAUGCUUCAACUUAUGUUAAUACGCUUAGUAAAUCGUAGCGAACUAAAUGUGAUUGAUUAUUCCUAUUUAUUACAAAAUGUGAAAAUCAAAAAUAGGGUGUUUGCCCGAAAAAUUUAAAUCCUUGGGAUGUUUAAAUA